ACUCAGUAGUGUGAUGUGGAAAUAUGGGAAGUAAACUAUAAUGAUAAUGAAUUUUCUGAAAAGACAUGAGGUUUCACGUGUGUUUAUGGCGUAUAAGGAUGACAGAGGAUUACAGCUGAAGCUUUGUGACAAACUUAACAGUCCAGCUGCCACAUGGAUCCCUUUCGUUUGCAGAUUGCAGAAACUUUCCCAAUUCUGCUUCUGAUAUUUGCAGCUACAUCUCCAUUACUACAGAUAAGGCUGCCGAGAUACAGAUAUCAGUCAACAUCUUGUAGAACUUUGUUGCACUAGAAUUUGAAAUAUUUUCCCUAGUGAGAUUUCCUAAGCAGAAGAUGGAAAUAGAAAAAGAAAAUUGGAAUUUGAAGAAACCAUUUAAAGUGGCUAUUGAGGGAAACAUAGGCUCUGGAAAAUCCAAACUACUGGAGUAUUUCUCGAGGUUUCCUGCUGUUGAAACUUAUAAUGAACCCAUUGACGUCUGGCGUAAUGUGCGUAGUCAUAAUCUGUUGGGGCUUCUAUAUGAAGAUCUGAAACGAUGGAACUUCAUGUUUCAAAACUAUGUACAGUUGACACGAUUAUCUAUACAAACCCAAGAAAGUGCCAAACCUAUUCAAAUGUUUGAAAGAUCUGUUCAAAAUAACAGGUACUGUUUUGUAGAGAUGGCACAUCAACAAGGGCUUCUUGAAGAUCCUGAAUAUGAUGUUCUUUGUGAGGGUUAUGACUGGAUUAAGAGGAACAUGGAUAUUCAGCUAGAUCUGACAGUGUACCUGAAGUGUCCACCAGAGAUUGCCUAUGAGCGAGUAGUGCAACGAAGUCGUCCUGAAGAGAAAACAGCUGUUUCACUUGGCUAUUUGACAGAUCUGCACCACGCGCAUGAGCAGUGGCUAGUACAAAAUCCUCCAGCACAUAUAGUCACAUUGGAUGCAAGUGUAUGUCUGCCUGCAAUGGAGCAGCAGUAUGAAAAAGUGAGAACUGUGGUGCUGAACAGAAUUGCUGAAAUGACGAGACUGUGAAAGAAUCAUGGCAGUUGCAUUAUACAGGUUGUGUCUCUUAGGAGUUCGUCAGGCGCAUUUUCUCAUGUGUUUCGACAGAUAUCUGCUAUUUCGUGUCAGCAAUAUGAAGCUGUAGUCAGCCCAAACAAACUCCACUCAGCACAUCCUUCAUGCAAUGCCCAUUGUCGACGGAAAGCGUCGGUUUGUUACCCAUUACAAAGUAAAUGAUUUCUGAAGCAGAUUUUAUGCGCCCAUUCGAUAGAGGUGUCCCAAUUUAUUCUAGUACGAUAUUCGUUUCAUCGAUAAGCACUAAAAGGGGCAGUAAAGCACGAUGAAUGAAAAGUACUCCAGCUGCGACGAGGCAGCGCUACUGCGUAGUUGGGGCCAGUGUGGUCCAGAGCAGCGCUGUCGCUAGUACAGGUUAUUCUUUGGUUUUACUGCCCAUGUUAAUACAUAUCGAUGAAACGAAUAUUGCAAUACUCGAAUUCCUCCUUGAAAAUCAUUUUGUUUGUAACAGAAAACAAAUCAAUGCUUUCCAUUGACAAUGGAUAUUCCCUGAAAGACAUGAUGGGCAGCAUUCGUUUGGAUUGACUCCCACUGCACACUGCAAAAGGGAAACUGCAGAUAUCUGCACAAACAAAAGAGAUAAAGUUCUGGCGACUCUUAGGAGAGACACCCAGUAUAUAUUUUUGUUGUUAGUAAUUCCCAUUCCUCUUUGUAUGAUACACUUGUCAGGCUUCCACCCUCCACUGUCCUUCCCACCUGCCAACCAUUUAAACUGUUCACAGCUCCGAAUUUAUUUCACAAUUAUGUUGAAUGUAGCUUUUGAAUUUAGUUCGUGGGAAUUAACAGCGGAGGGUUGUAUGAUUCAUGUAGUUCAUAACUUCACCCUUGAGAUAACUGUUGAUAUUUGAAAAUAUUCUGAGAAAAGUCCAGAAUAUUCUUGUCCCUCAUUGACGAACAGAUCUCUCUUAGCAUAGUAUUAGUUGGAAGCCCUCUUUUUUCCUUCCAUUCACUAUCCAGUUCAGUAUACAUCUGGGAAAUUUUUCUUCUUACAUCAUUUUAAUGUACCAACGUCUUUUAAGUUGCUUCUGUUCAAUAAAAUCAGUAAUACUUCACUGAGUUUUCUUUUUCCUUGAUUAUUUCAUUUCAUGUUUUUUCUUCUCUUGGUAUUAUUGUUGAAUAUUCACAGAAAUUCCUCUCUGUUGCUAAUAGCUUUGAUUCAGUUGGCAUUUCAUCGUCAAAGUUCUAAAUGGUGUGCAAUAAUGCUUGUAGCUGUUGUUCUACGUAUUGUGAUGUAGUUGUUAUUCUUGUGUGUUUACUCCAAGGAAUUGAAUUUAACAAAAAAUCGUAGAUUUCUUGUCCAAAUUCAUUGUCUAGUUUUCUCUCAUUUGUCAUUUUCACCCUGGGUAUUUUUACCCUUUAGUAGGUGUUAUUGUGCUCACCCCUUCUUCCAGGGCUAGAUUUUCGUUUAUUACAACAAUUCUCGUACUUUUACAGCUUUUCUGUAAACCUGUAGUGUUUUCUGAGUAUAUUGUAUAUAAUCUGGAUGAAAUACAAUACUCCUGUUGUAAUAUUUUUGUAAAUUGGAAUUUACAUAUUUUAAUUUUUGAUAUUGACAUUUUGUGUAAAUUUUUGUAUUAUGUAUACUACUGCUGGAUUUUUUAGUUGAAUUAAAGAUUUCCAUAGAAUGGCUAAAUGUGCACUGUUAGGAACACUAAAUGAGCAGGUUGUAUUUGAACUCUUUUGUUUUGAUUUCUUUAUGGGCAAAAAUGUGAUCUGUGCAGCUUACUUCAUCUUAUUCAGUCUUUAUAUUCUUGUUUAAAAUGUUUAAUAAUUUACCAUAAAAUCUGCUUAAAUUGCAGCCUGCUGUUAUACCGUUAAAAUUUUUACAGUUACGAUGUCUUUUGUAAGUGAUACCAAAAUAUACACUACUUUCCAGUCACUUAGUAUAUACUGUGUGUUUAAAAGAUUCAGACAUCUCUUAACAGCUUUGUUUUAUAUAAGUGUUACACGAUAUGACUGACAGUACUUUUUUGUCAUAGAUGUUCUGUCUCAUUUUACGAAUAUAUUCCUACAUUUGGUGAUAAAAUUCGUGUGUGAAUAUUUUACCAUUGUCUUUUUUUUCGUAUUUUGUACACUGAAGUUAGUAAUAAAUUUCCGUUAUAUCUAGCAAUGUUCAGUAAAUGAAAAGUCAUCACGAUAUCAGAACACAUUUGUUGUUGUGUUGGAGUGUCUAUAAAGGCUUUAAUAUAAACAAUAUGUGUGUAUUGUAUAAGUGAUAUAGGAUGUUAAAAUACCUGUUCAUGGUAAGAUUCAUGAGCAACUCUUUCACAUAAUAGCUUUUAGUCUUCAUGUAACUGUCUCGGUCUUUACACAUUUUUAUAUUUUUUCUAGCAGUAAGAAGUGUGUAUUGAAGAAAGAUGUACAAUAGACUUAGUUGAAAUCAGAUUAUGAAAUUUCAAAAAUGACCUCAAUGAACAGUUCUUAAUAAUACUAGUGUUUAGUCUUUCUCAAGCAGCUGCCUGUACUCUCGGUCAUUCUAUAUUAUUUUGUGUAGCACUCAUCAGCAACAAUAUUGAAAAAGAUCUGAUUUUUACUUAAUUUUUAUCCAAAAGUAAUUUCAGUUAUAUUUGUACUUGAGAAUUAUUGGUCAGUUUUUGUUGUAGGAAUUUCUGUAGAGCUCUUAUUAAAAAUAUUUUAA